AUGCCCUACGGGAGACGCUGCUGUCGAGCGCUCGUGGCGCUUGUCUGGCUGGCAGGAGAGACGCUGAGCAUGCAGGGAGAGGGGGAGGAACCAGCGACAGGAGGACGAAGUGUCCUCGUGCUUGGAGCUAAGAUACCAACACACGGGAACGGGGGAUGGGAGGCGUUCGAGAUCGAUGGAAGGACCUUCAUCGCUGCCGCAAAUUUCUGGGACGGAGAGUCGGUGGACAUGAGCGCGCUCUCCAAGGUCUACCGGGUAUCUCUCAACGAGACGGGCAAGCUAUUGUUGAAGAGACAUCAGUCGAUGAGGACGAGAGGAGCUCAUGGCUGGGACUUCUUUGAAUCAGGUCCAGGGCAAACUGAUCAUUUCCAUUGGAAGAACUCGACGUUUCUGAUCGUCGCUGAGAACUUUGCGCAACAGAUCUCGAUCUACAGGAUUGAAGGGGCGGAAGGGUCUAAAAGCAACCGUUUUCCAGGUCUUGCAGACCAUGACAAGGGACUCCGUCGGGGAGGGUUUGGAGAAUUGACGUGCGUCAAGGAAUUCGGAAGCUUCAACAAUCAGUACUUCCUUGCGUUCUCCGAGGACAGGAACGAACACACGACCCAAAUCUCAUCCUCGGUCUUCCGCUUCGACCCUGGCACAGAGAGUUUCCGAUUCCUCCAGUCCAUCCCUACUGAUGGUGCUCAUGGAUGCGAGCUGUUCACCGCACAGGGCAGCUUCCUGCUGGCGUUUGCCAACUUUGGUGACCGCCAGGGCAAGAGGUACAAGUCGAAAUCCUCUUUGUGGAAAUACCACGAGGGCGACGGAAUCUUCAGACUGAUAGGGGAGGUAAAGACGCAAGGAGCGACGGAUGUCAAGCAUUUCACGAUUGAGGUCACAUCAAGCAUUCCAUUCUUUGAAUUUCAUUCGAGUAACGUGGCGAAUUUCAAUCUUCAGAAUCAUGAUUUCUUGGCUAUCAGCAAUGAGGGAGAUAUCCAAAACAGAAGGUUUCAAGUCUCCGCAAUCUACAGCAUUCGCAACAUCAACAAGUCAAAAGAUAAACUCUGA